AUGUUGGAUUUAGACCAGACUAUAGAGCACAUAAAGCAAUGCAAACUAAUACCAGAGUCAGACGUUGAAGAAAUUUGCACACAAUUAAUUGAUAUUCUAAUAGAAGAAUCAAAUAUUCAACACCUAAACACGCCUGUCACUAUAUGUGGUGAUAUCCAUGGACAACUACAUGACUUGAUUACGAUAUUUACCAUUGGUGGCGAUUUACCACAAACUCAAUAUGUAUUUCUUGGUGAUUUUGUUGAUCGCGGAUUCAACUCUUUGGAGACAUUGUUGUUACUCAUGACCUACAAGUUGAAGUUUCCUUCCAAGAUUACGCUAAUACGAGGCAACCAUGAAUCGCGACAGAUAACUACGGUGUAUGGAUUCUAUGACGAGUGCUUGAGAAAAUACGGCUCAGUCAAUGUGUGGAGGUAUUGUUGUGAAGUUUUUGAUUAUCUAAGUCUAGGCGCAAUAAUCAACGGACAGAGUGGGGAUAGCAAGGGUAGUGGUGAUGAUGGCGGGGGUGUGUUUUGUGUACAUGGUGGCCUUAGCCCCGAGAUUGACUCUAUUGAUCAAAUACGAAUCCUAGAUCGAAAGCAAGAAGUGCCCCACGAAGGAGGCAUGUGUGACCUACUAUGGAGUGAUCCAGAAGAAGAUGUUAAAGGAUGGAGUAUAUCGCCACGUGGAGCUGGGUUCCUUUUCGGUGAAUCUGAAGUAGACAAGUUUCUACAUUUAAACAACGUCGGCUUGAUUGCCCGUGCUCAUCAAUUGGUAAUGGAGGGUUAUAGAGAAAUGUUUGAUCUGAAGUUGGUUACGGUGUGGUCAGCUCCCAAUUAUUGUUAUCGGUGUGGCAAUGUUGCCAGUGUCUUGAAGAUUGAUGAUGGUUUAAAUAGGGAGUAUAAGGUGUUUGAAGCUGUUGAUUAUGAUGAAGAUGACGGCGAUGGACAAGAAGGUGGGAGGAGCAAGUUCGGCGCCGGUGCAUUGAACAAGAAGCCAGUGGUUGAGUAUUUCUUGUAG